AUGCCGGCCGCGUUGCCCUCGCACAUCCACACUGAUACAACUAUGACUGCAUUCGAAGAGACUCUCCGCCCCAUCACCAUCGAUGUCGGCCCGCACGGCAACCUCCGCGGUGUCGAGGCCGUCGCCCCCGACGGCCACGUCAAGGCCCGCCGCUUCUUGCAGGUCCCGUACGCUUACCCUCCCGUUGGCGACCUCCGCUGGCGCAAGCCCAAGGCGCUGCCCGACAACUUUGACUGGUCCAACGUCCCCGGCGAGAAAUUCGGCGCGUACACCUCGCAGCCGACGUACCACAUGAAGAACCCCGACACCGGCGAGACCUUCCCGUCCGCCCCGCCUGGCCUCACGAGGUCCGAGGACGCACUCACCGUCAACGUCUGGGCGCCGGAGGGCACGCCGCCUCCCGAGGGCUGGCCCGUGUGGAUCUACAUCCACGGCGGCUGGCUUCAGAUGGGUAACCCAGCGAUGUCGGGCGCGACGGCCAACCCCACCGAGUACAUUGACGAGGUCGCCAAGGUCGUGGUCAUCGCGAUCGCGUACCGUGUGAGCGUGUUUGGCUUCCUCGCGUCCAAGGAGCUGCGCGAGGAGAACGAGGACGGCGCAGCGGGUAACUGGGGCUUCCACGACCAGCGCCUCGGUAUCGAGUGGGUGCACAAGAACGCAAAGUACUUUGGGGGUAACGGCGACAACAUCACGAUCUCUGGCAUCAGCGCGGGCGCGUACAGUGUCGAGGUGCAGCUUGCUCACGAGCUCAACUUCCCCGACAAGGCCAAGCCGAUCAUCCGCCGCGCGAUGAUGUGGUCGAACGCGCUGCCUGCGCAGCCCAAGUCGCUCGAGGAGAGCCAGGCAGGCUUUGACGGGCUGUGUGAAGCGUUUGGGGUCGACCUCGCGCUGUCGGGCAAGGAGAAGCUGGAGAAGUUGCGCGCGAUUCCAGAGCCCGAGCUCGUGGACCAGAUCAUGAAGCUCAAGAUCCACACGUUCCGCGGCGUGAGCGACAACGCCUUCAUCCACGAGGACAUGUUUGAGCGCAUCGACAGCGGUGACUUUGCAAAGAGGUUUGCCGCACGCGACCUUGCGCUCAUCAUCGGCGAGGUCACUCACGAAGAGUACCUCUACUCGGUAACCAACCCUCCCACGUCUGUAGACAAGUUGGAGAUCGAGCUGCUCAACUACUACCGUGCAGACCAGGUAGCCAAGCUCCUUGAGCACUACAGUAUCCCCAAGGACCUCGACACAAGCACCAAAGAAGGCGCCAAGAAGCUGGCCCUCCUCUUUGGCAACAUUGUCGCCAACGGCCAAAUCUACGCCUCGGAGCGAGUGUUUGUCAAAGCCCUGCUCGACCACGGCGUUUCCCCCGCUCGUGUACUGCGCUACCGCGUCGCCUGGAAGCCCAAGGUUGCGUUUACAAUUUUCCCCGCCACCCGUCUGCAGUGUCUGCCCACCAUGCAACCCCUUGGAGAACGUGCCUGGGCACCCGCUGACAAGAAAUCAUUCAGGGAAAUCGUCACACAUGCAGACGAUACAUGGGCAUGGUGGUACUCGCGCCGCCUGGGCUACACCGACAGCGACGUCGCAGCCAACCAAGCGUUCCUCAAGCCCGUCGCCACCUUCUUGCAAGGUGACCUCCCAAAGGCUGCAAAAGAGUGGUGGGGACACGAGCCCAACUCUGAGGAUGGCCAGCGCCUCCGCGAGAUCCGUGGUGGCAAGACGAGCGUCGUGCAAGACGACAGAUGGGACGACGCGAUCAAGCUCGCCGCCGCCGUCCAAGUCUAG